UAAGUCCAAUUAGUUAUAAAUAUUGGAUUUGUUUAGAUUAUACAUUGUGAUAUAAUAGACGAUUAAAAUCACAAAAUAUAAUUAUUCAAAGUAAUAAAUAAAAUUGCUAUGUUUAAAAAUGUUAUAUUAACAAUUGUGUAAUACAUUUUAAUUUACAUAUAUAUAUAUAUAUAUUAUACCAUUAGUACAAAGAAAAAAAUUAAAGUGAAAGCAAAUAUUUAUACGGUCACGGGACAAGCUAUAGAAAUAAAUAACAACAGCAAGAUUAUUUUUCUUUAACAAAUUUAUUUUAAUAGAAAUUAUAGUUCCAAAUAUGUUUUUAUAUUUUAUGUAUUUAUAAAUUUAUUUUCUUUGUCUUUAAGGAAGCUUAGAUUUUGAAAUUGGAAAAAAAUAUGACCACCUCUAUUUUAUUUUAAUUAAGAAAUUUAAAAUUUAUAUCAGAAUAUUUUAUUAAAAUUUUAAUAUUUAUUUUUAUUAUAACUGAAAAAGUAAUUUUCAAUAUAAAUUUAUGUUUCAAUAUUACAAAUGCAUCAUUUAAUAUAAACAAAAAACUAAAAACAUAAAAUAAAUACCCGCCCGGUCGGGCGGGUCAAGGUCUAGUUUUUUUAUUAAAAGCUAAAUAUAUUUGUAUAUCCUAGAGCUAACUAAUCUAUAUUUAGCUUUAGAGUUAAGGGAUACUAGAUUUUGACCAGCGCGACCGCCCGGAUGUUUGCUUUAUUUUUUUUAUAAAUCAAAUAGAAUUGGUUAUAUUUUUUCAAAUGUAUUUAUAUGAUGUGGGUAUCCAUCCAUUCGGGUUCGAAUACCCAUUUGGGUUCGUUUCGGAUCUAUUCGGAUUUUAGAUUUUUUCAGUUUGAAGGAAUUCAACCCUAUUUAUGUAUUUAUAAAUUUUGAUCCAAGUUCGGUUUGGUCUUUAUAGGUUUGGUUCGGUUUCAGAUAAUGCAUUUAAAUGAUGUUUAAAAAUUUAAAAUCAAAUCGAAAAAUAAAAUUUAAUAUAUAACAUGAAAAAUACCUAAAUUUAACAUAAAAUUAGUUUGAAAUAUUUAGAUGGGCAACCAAUAUAUACUUUAAGUAUUUUUGGUGAUUUACGUAUUGUUUAGCUAUUUUAAGUAUUUACAUUUGAUCGGUUUUGGUUCGAGUCAAAAGAAUUUGGAAUGAUGGUGAAUCAUGGAGAAGAUACUAUAAAAAUGAUCUAACUAUGAAAAUGGUUGACUGGUCCCAACUAAUCCGUGGUUAUCUAAAUUAUAGGAACUUGUUAGUAAUUAUUUCAUUUAUGGAAAUCAAGCUUUAUUGUGAAUAGUAAAUUAUCGUUAGAUCAAUUGAUUAUCUUUAUACCAGCAAUAUAUUGUUUACAUAUACACUAGGAUAAGACUUGCGCAUGUUAUAAAUUUAUAUAAAAUUUAUCUUCAACAUGGUGCAAGUAAAUCUGGCAAGCCGUGGAUCUUCAUAGGACGGCUAGGUGUAGUUUUUCAUAAGGCAUGUAGUAUUGUCGGUUGUCGAAUCGUCUAUGUAAUUUUCUCAUAUCAUAAUUAUAAGAUCAUAAUAAAUCAGCGUUAAAAAAAACUACAUGCUCUAAACUUUUUAAAAGUUUCUCUAUUUAUAUAUAUAGGAUGUUAAAUUAUUGAUCAUUAAUUUUUAACAUAAUAAUUUUAAACUCUAGCCGCUGCCGCGCAUCCGCGCAGGUGGUCUACUUAUUUUAAACUAUAAUUUUUAACAUAAUACGAUUGUAUAUCGAACGGGAUGGUUUAACGUUUUUUUGGUAUAGAAAAUAAAUGGGUUAAGGAAAGUGUAAAACUACAGUGUUUAAGUCCAGUGGCAUAUGAUUGUAAUUAUUGGGAAAAACUCGGGGUGAAGAUUUAUUUAUACUUCAGUUUUAAUAGUUUAGAUAGUUUGGAAGGAGAUUUCAAAAUUUAAAAAAUAAAUAUUAAAAAUUUCAAAAUAAAAAACUAUUUUAGUUGUUUUACUGGUGACAAAAAACUUUUAAAAAAAACUAUUCAAUAGAAUUGCCCAAAUUUUUAUAGUCAAUAAUUGCUAAUUAGAGAAUGGUAAUGUUUUGAUAAAAAAAAAGAAUGGUAAUGUAUAAUUUUUUCUCUUUCUAAAAGUUGUUAACCAAAAAAGGAAAAACAUCCUUUAAACAGAGGGCAAAAAUUAAGGCCCAAUGGGCCAAGAUUCUUUGGACGCCAGGCGGUGAAAUCAAAAAGGAAACCCUAAAGCGCCUAUAAAACAAGAAAUCAAUCAAUUAGCAGUUAAGUGAGGCGCAAGCUAUCGAUAAGCCUUUUUAUAUAACUCUUGUGUCCGCCUCUCGUUGAUUUCCUUCUUUAGGAUUCUAUAAGUUUAUCAUAGAAAUUUUGUUCAAUCUCAAUAUGGAGGAUGAUGAUCUACAGAGACCGUAUUCGGUUUGUACAAGAGAUGAUCUUAAAGAGAGGAUAACUAAACAGAUCGAUGUUAUCUCCGAGAUCUUCUGCGUUUCAAACUCCGAUGCCACCGUACUCCUCAUGAAACUCCGAUGGAACUCGCAGCUUCUUUCAGAGCGGCUGAGCCAAGAAAACAAGAAACUGUUGACUGAGUCAGGUUUGAAACCAGUUGAUGUUACCGACUCGAACCAAGAUUUGUCCGAUUCUUCUUGUGAUGAGUUUUAUGAGUUCUUUGAUGACGUCGAUGAUGAUGGAGAUGAUGUUGUUAAAGUCUCCACACCCUUUUGUUCUCACAAGUUCUCCACUACUUAUUGGAGUAAGUAUCUUGACAAGAACUUCUUCUCCGUGGAGAAAACCCUAGAUACAAUCUCUUGCCCUCAUCAUGAUUGUGGAGCUUCAGUGGGACGUGACACGAUCGAGAAGCUAACAGUGAAGGAUAGAGAUAGUUACGAUGAGUACGUUCUGAGAUCUUACCUCGAGAAAAGCAAGAAACAGAUCAAACAGUGUCCGGGUUGCAGUUACUUCAUUGAGUUUCAUAAAGGGACCGAUGCUGAAGAGUAUGGCUUAAAUGUGGUGUGUCUAUGUGGUCAUAACUUCUGCUGUAGAUGCAGCCUUGAGACGCACAGACCUGUGACAUGCAACAACGCCUCUGAUUGGUUGUCUAGAGACUUGCAGAAGCUGUCAGAGGCAUCAGAUAAGUCACUGAGCUUUUUAUGGAUCGAAGACAACACGGAGACUUGCCCUCAUUGCCUAUCUCCUUUGGAGAUUGGUCUUGGUUCACUAGACUCCAAGUUCGUUCCUUGUGGCUACUGCAGUGGUAGCUUCUGUUGGGAGUGUAUGCACUCUGAAGAAUCCCACAAAACGGAAUCAGGAACCUAUGGAGACUGUCUUGAACCAGUAGAGCAGGAUCCACUCUGGAACGUAGAAGUGGUGGAUACUUCGUGUUUGGAUCGCUGGGAGGCGUGUGAGGUUUCAUUGGUGGAAGCUAGAUCCGAGCUCCAAGCUUUCAAGGAAUCCGACAACACCAGCGAAGAGUACAUUAGGAUUGUAAGAGACGGUCUGAUGCUGAUUGUUCAGUGCAGACAGUUCCUUAAAUGGACCUGCGUGUACGAACACAUCCACUUGGAGUACGAGGCCUCGAAGAAGGAGUUUCUGAGGUUCCUUCAAGACUACGCAAACACACUUGUCGAGAGAUACGCAGAGACUUUGAAGGAGGACACAAAAGCCUUGUCUGCUGCACAGCUUGUUUGCAAUGUACCCGCCGUGACAAGCAGCAUUGGUAACUACUUUUAUAACUUCUCCAAGGCUUUGAAAGAUGGUUUGGACGCUGUGAAGGUGAAGCACUAUGACGACUUUGCUCCUUGCUGGUUGUGUGACCGCUGCAGCUCCGCAAACACUUGGCUACAUAAGGCGUGUCAGAUGUGCUGUGAAUCUCCUGUGGUUGAAGCAAAGUGAUUCGUUUCUUAACUAGGUUUCUUCUUAAAGAUAGAACAAACGUAUUAGUAGACAAUGAAACUUGAGAGUCUUU